CAAAGUUUGACUAAUGGAUUUGGCACAUGGAAUAUAUAAGGUAAAAUCAGAGUGGUAUCCCUGAAAUCGAAAAUGCGACGGCUUGCUGUACACAUUGCCAUUUUCUACCUAUUUCAAUGGGAAAUAGGAGCAGUGCUGAAUGAAAUAAACGAGCUGAAGUCCUGGCUGGAUCAGAACAUUAAAGGGCGACAGGACUCGGCCACGAUUGACACACUUAUAAUGCUUUGCGUCAUAGAAAUGAAAGCAGAGCGCAAGCUUCCGGCAAGGAUCGAUUUCCAGACAACCAACGAGAAUACUGUGCAAAACUACAUAAUCCUCCCGACCAUCAAAAUUUCGAACAUUACAAUCGUCUUCGCAGAUGAAAAGUCGCGUGUAUCAGCUAGAUCACAAGAACAAAAUAGAGACAAGAAACUAGAUAUAGCAAUUGGUCUUUUUAAAGAUUGUAUAACCAAGAAAAUAAACGUUCUGGACCACUUAGAAGAAUAAAAAGCUACUGCUGCUAGAUGGAUCUUA